CAGCCAGCGGAAAAUAGACUAUGCCAAGAGCAUAUUGAAAAGCUGUCUUCAGCCAGGGCUGGCCAGUUUAACAACUCCAUUCCCUGUUCCGAUUUGCACACUAGGCUCUUUGACGCAACAGAAAACUCUUCUCCCCUCUGUGUGUGUGUGUGUGUCCACCCCCUGCCCCCAUUUCCUCUUAAACCUGCCUGGACAAUUUGGGUUUGUGAAUUUUUUUUCUCUUCAGAUGCAAGUUUAUGUGAGGAUAUCUUCUUGACCAGUUCAUUCCAUGAGGCUGGGUUCUCUUCCUCGCCUCUCAGCACACACUCACCUUCCUGUUUUCUGUCAGGAAAGUAGAAAUGAACACAAGGCUCUCAUUGCAGAUCUGCAGCUGAACUCCUGACCAUUUGACAGUCAAGCGCUGCCCUAGCAAGCAGGAUUUUCAACUCGGUGGCAAGUUAGCAAUGCUCAGGAAUUAAAAAGCUGGUGAGCCUUAAGUGUGGGUUUAAAAAAAAUAUCUUUGCAUUUUAAAGAAGUCUUCCGUGAUCUCCAGUGUGUCUUAUGCAAGAUAAUAAAUUAUCCUCAUUUUGAAAGUUGGAACAGAGUUACAUCUUGCACCUCACGGAAGACAGCAACGCCCAGCAGUAUGGAAGAGUACAUGUAGGAUACUUGCUUACAAUUUUAUAAGUAACAAAGAAUUUUAGGACAGUCAGUUUUGGAAGAUGUAUACUUUUGAAUUCCUUACCUGUCUAGGAAUUUCCUUUUAACCUGUAUUUGCAUGGUACGGUAGACAUCUGAAAUGCUUUGGCUUUUUAAAUUUUUUUUUAAUUGAUCAAAACAGCAGUGCACUUUUUAAAGGAAAAGCAGACUAAGAAAAUACUCCUUUCUCUAAUCUCUGACAGAGGGCACCACCUCAUUUUUUAACUGGAUGUGCCAAGGAACUUGGGCCUUUCAGAGGUUGUCGAGCCAUGCUCUCCCCCUGCAGCUCCAGGGAUGAAGAAUAAGAAUUUUACAAGAUCGCUCUCCACUGCUUCCAGCCAACAAGACUGAAACACCAUCAGCUGAUGCCAUUGAGUUGCCUCACACUGUUGGCUUUUGCGCUUGCCUUUUGAUGCGUGCAAUGCCGCCCUGUUCCCUCUACGUUGCCUGCAUGCCACUAAGAGAACAUUCGUCAACGAAUGCAGGUGUGCCCAUGCACGCAGCUUGCAAACUGGGUCCUGGGGAAAGCUGCUGCAAACCUUAGACCUGGCACUGGAGGAAUAUGUGGGCGCUGCCGCCAGAUGCUUAGCAGAACAUGGUUCGUCGAGGGAUCGUGGCAUGGCUCCCUCGGGUGGCCGUUCUGCUGGUGGUCCUCUGUUGUGCGGUGUCCGUGCUCUACAUGCUGGCCUGCACCCCGCGAGGUGACAACCAGCAGCUUGCCUUCCCCAGAGCCAACAACCCUACGGGGAAAGAGGAGUACCAGGCGAUCUUGCAGGAAAGGGAAGAACACCACUGGGACUACAUCAGCAGCCUGAAGAGGCAGAUUGCAGAGCUGAAGGAUGAGCUCCAGGAAAGGAGCCAGCAGCUGAAGAACAUGCAAGGCCACAGCACGGACUCUUUGGGAGUGGGGAUGGACCGGCGGGACCCUGAGAAGCCCCAGAAGGCCCUCUUGCAGUUCCUGCAUUCCCAGGUGGACAAAGCAGAGGUGCACACGGGAAUGAAGCUGCCCAAUGAGUAUGCCGCGGUGCCCUUUGAGAGCUUCACCCUUCACAGAGUGUACCAGCUAGAGAUGGGUUUGACCCGUCACCCAGAGGAGAAGCCGGUGCGGAAGGACAAGCGAGAUGAGUUGGCGGAGGCUGUUGAGCUGGGCUUGGAGACUUUGAACAGCCCAGAGAGGAACAGCAACACAAACCGCCGGGCGUAUUCCCCCUCUGACUUCAUAGAAGGCCUUCGUCGGAUAGAAAGAGAUAAAGGCACCCUGUACGAGUUGAUAUUCAAGGGAGGCAAAGCAUAUGAAUUCGAGCGAAUUGUCCUAUUCAGACCGUUCGGCCCCAUCAUGAAAGUUAAGAAUGAAAACCUCAAUAUGGCCGACACCCUUAUCAAUGUCAUAGUCCCGCUGGCUAAAAGAGCCAGCAAGUUCCGGCAAUUCAUGCAGAAUUUCAGGGAGAUGGGUAUACAGCAGGACAGGAGAAUUCACCUCACUAUCGUUUACUUUGGGAAAGAACAAAUGAGCGAGGUCAAAGGAAUCCUUGAAAACACAUCCAGAUCAGCCAACUUCAAGAAUUAUACCUUCAUCCAGCUGAACGAAGAGUUCUCAAGAGGGAAAGGCCUGGACGUGGGUGCACGGUUUUGGAAAGGAAGCAAUGUUGUCCUCUUCUUCUGUGACGUAGAUAUAUACUUCACAGCAGAAUUCCUCAACACGUGUAGACUGAACACACAACCAGGGAAGAAGGUGUUCUACCCAGUUCUUUUCAGCCAGUAUAACCCAGGCCUAAUUUAUGGACACCACGAUUCCAUUCCACCUGUAGAACAGCAGUUGGUUAUCAAAAAGGAGACAGGGUUUUGGAGAGACUUUGGUUUUGGAAUGACUUGCCAAUACCGCUCUGAUUAUAUCAACAUUGGAGGAUUUGAUCUCGACAUAAAAGGCUGGGGAGGAGAAGAUGUACAUCUGUACCGCAAAUACCUUCACAGCAACCUCAUUGUGGUCAGGACGCCUGUCCGGGGCCUCUUCCAUCUCUGGCAUGAAAAGCACUGCUUGGAUGAGUUGACCCCAGAGCAGUACAAAAUGUGCAUUCAGUCCAAGGCCAUGAAUGAAGCCUCUCACGGCCAGCUGGGGAUGCUGUUUUUCAGGAGGGAGAUCGAGGCUCAUCGGCGCAAGCAGAAAGCAAGCAAUAAGAAGUCUUGAAGCCAAAGGAGGUCUUACUCGGAGAUAAAAACCAAGAACCUAAAAAUCUGACUCAGAAGGCUGUUCCCAAAACCACACUCGCAGGAGAGGAAAUGCUUCUCUUGGUUAUUUGCUUGCGGGGCUUUUGAUACCACCGUAGCCUUUUCUCUGUGCUCACACGGCAGCACUGGGUGAUGCCAUUACGGCAUGGAGAAUAGCUUCCCCUCCAACCCCUCAACGGUUUGAUAUUUGAAGGACAAACAAGGUGGUUUUCCAACUUUGACUGACGCUACAAUAGGAUUACACAAAGCUUUACAUUUUAUCAAAUGGGUAGUGUGGUGCUCAUAAACUUGGAUUGAAUGAAAUCCCAGGGAGAUCUUUACAGAGUGGAGCCUGUAAUGUUGAAAUGAGGUUACUGACGAUAGCCCCGAUCCAGUUUUUUCCUAGACUCUGUUGUUGUGAGUAACCAGUGGCCCUAGAUAGGGGAUGCACACGCAUAUCUGGGCCAUGUGUGCCGCCAAUCCAAUUCAAGGGAGGUUAUUAGAUAAGCACCAUAACAGAAUGACUGGGAUCCAGAUCAGUUGCGUGGGUCAGGGCUCUCUUGUCAGAUGAGCAUUUAGAUGUUUAUCUAAUGACUCCUAGCAGCUAGAAAGCGAACAAUGAAAGUUGAAUGUAUUAGCUCUGUAUGGAAGCCAACACCAUUAUCACAAUUCAUUCUCUCUCUCUCUCUCUCUCAUAUACACCCACCCACACGCCUCACAAAGCCAUAUCUUCUGAACUUCUGUGGAGUCAGUAAAGAUAAUAUGGUCACUUGUCCUUGAGUGCUCUCAAUUAUCAUUCUUUGCUUGUCCUCAACAGCGCACUUUGGGUUUUGUGUCCCUUUGCGCACACUUAACAUGCAAAGAGCUGCUGAGAUGUAGCACAAUUUAAUGGAAUGGUGAAAUGUUUUUGUGACUAGAUCUAAGGUCAGGUGGAUUGGUAAGUAAAGCCAAGAGGGGCUUUUAGCUAGAAGCACCAGUCCUGACUUGCACUGAACCUCAUACAGUUUGGAGACAUUAAAGAGAGAUGGAUUUAGCAGACAAUGAUUUUGUCUAGGACUUGACAUUAAUAUUUGCUGACUUAGAUUCUGCUUUCUUCUUACCCUUACAUGUUUGAGGUUCCAGCCUUUAAAACAGAGCAUCAUUUAAAUACAGACACAGAUGAAAAUAUAAGGUAUAUAUUUCCUGACAUACCUAGCCGUACAAACAAUUAGAUAAUACUGAUAAUUGAAAAGCAAGGCUAUAUAGUGGAGCCUUGUCCAGAUUCUGCACAUAGAAGGCAAAUAGUCUCUUUUAAAAUUUCAGCCACUUUGCCUUUCAUUUUGGCAAAUCAUGAUCCAGAGUUUCUCCAGGCCCCUGCAGACAAGCGGUAUUUUUGUUCUGCGACAUGUUGUUGACUCAAUAAUAGUGCAUUUAGUGAUGGAUUUAUACUGGACAGUCCACACACGAUUCCACUUUAUUAUUCGUUCUGGGAUGCUUCCUCAGUGGUACUGCAGUGCUGCUGUCUAGAGGGGCACUCUUUGUACUAUAGCUCUACCAAAGCAGGACAGAAUAAACUGGAACAUUUCUGGUACAAAAAGUGACAGGACAUUGGGAGAAAGUUACAGGACGUGCACUGAUUGGAAAGGAAGCAGUGUGUUCACCCUGAAACAUCUGGAGGCACAAACAGUAUUGGAAGUGGAAUCAAGUACAACCUCUCCAAUCCCAUCAUGAGCACAAAUCAUGAAGGCAAAAUGGGGGCCCAACCACACUUUUCCACCCACCCCCCGAUUCAGUGCUAAACCACGGGUUUUCUGGGGGAAAGCAGUGGGCAAAUGCAAAACCACUCAGACCCAGCUUUCUAGACCCAGGGGAAGUGUGAGUCUAAAAAGGGUGGCCCUCUGCAGUGAACUGAAUAACACAAUUAAAAUGGGAUUCAGGCAAUGGAUGAGUCCAUUCCUUUACAGAGAGAGGGCUUGGUUAA